CCAGGAGGGGGCUGUCCGGUCGCUGAUUGGACCUGGGCAGCGUCCCGCCGGCUGGGAGGCAGGUAGAAAAGCCCCAGUGCAAAGCUCAACACCGGGAUCUUGAACGGUGCUGGUGGGAGAGGGAGAGGGAGACCCGGCGUCAUGACCGGCAGGGAGGAGAGCAGCGAGGCCGGAGGCAAACCAUUUGUGGGGGAUUUUCCGUGCGCCAGCAAGGAGCCCGAGAAAAGUAGCCGCUCCAGGGGCUUCGCCAUCACCGACCUGCUGGGACUGGACAGCGCCGCCGAGUCCGGACAGGCGGGAGCCGCGCCGCCGCCGCCACCUCCGCCGCCAGGGGCGCCGCCGCUGCUCCCGGCCGGGCUGGGGCUGGGGCUGGGGCUGCUGUGUAGCCGUUCCCUCAGCGCCUUCCGUCCGCCCCGCCCCGCCUUUCUCGACGUGCUGUCCGAGCUGCACGUCAGACCCGCCGGCCUGCACGGUCACCUGCCGCUGAUCCGGAGGGUCGCUCUCCACGACAGCCAGCAGCAGCCGCACAACUCCGAUGAUGAGAACAUGUCAUGUGAUCACAGUGACCCAAAGAAUUCAACAGCAUCACAGGUGAAAAGGAAGAAGAGGCGACACAGGUUGUGUGUUACAGCUCACCAGUUGAGGAAACUGGAGAAAAUCUUUAAUGAGGCUCAUUACCCUGAUGUAUAUGCCAGAGAAAUGUUAGCUAUGAAGACAGAGCUGGCAGAAGAUUCCCCUCAGGUGUGGUUUCAAAACCGAAGAGCGAAGUGGAGGAAGAGGGAGAAAUGCUGGGGCAGGAGCAGUGUGAUGGCUGAAUAUGGACUAUACGGAGCCAUGGUCAGGCACUCCAUCCCACUGCCCGAAUCCAUACUCAAUUCUACCAAAAAUGGUUUAGUAGGAUCUUGUGCCCCCUGGCUGCUUGGAAUGCAUAAAAAAUCAAUUGACCCGACAAUGAAAGCUAAAAUGUGGAAUCUGUGA